AUGGAGAUGCAGCAAGUGAUAGAAAUGCUGGCAAGAAUGGAGGCCAAGGCGGAAGCCAGACACAAAGAGCUGAUGGCCGAUUGGAAAGCCUGGGGGGAAGAGAGUAGAACCACCCACGAGAAGAUUGAGCCCCACCCAGAAGUGAUGCAGUCCAUACUGGAGCAUCGAGAAGUCCCCGUAGAAGACGCCCCGAGAAUACCGGCCGGAGAACCGAAGGAGAGGCGCAGGGACCAAGGACUGGCCGCGGAGCGCCGCCGCCAGAAACAAAGGGUUUGCAACGGGGAGAUCGUGGGCCCCACAAAAAAUUGGCCAGCACGCCGUGUGGAAGCGGCACGGCAGGAGGGAAACCGCAGGAAGACAUCCCGUCGCGCGACAGUGGCACGACGUUGGAGAAACGGCGUACUAGAGCGCAACUGGGAAUCCGUCAACGGAAGAUGUCAAGUAGCCCAGAUGCUUAUUCCUCGGAGCAGGGUGAAGGAAGUUCUGAGUGAACUACACGGUGGACCGUCAGGAGGUCACUUCGGUGUCAACAAAACUCUAAAUAAGGUCCGGCAGAGAUUUUACUGGCUCCAGUCGGAUGGCACGGUAGAACGCUACGUCAAAACCAUCGAGGAACACUUGCGGAAGAUCGUCGCAUCCCACCAGAGGGACUGGGAUGAGAGGCUACCCCUCUUUCUCCUAGCUUACAGAGCAUCCAUCCACGACACUACAGGCUUGACCCCUGCUAGCCUAGUAUUCGGACGAGAGCUCCGACUACCUUGCGACCUGCUGUUUGGGGUACCCCCUGGCAAAGAACUACCCGUAACCGAUUAUGCAGCGGACUUGGUGGAGCAUCUGCACGACAUCCACGAUUAUGCACGGAAGCACCUGAAGCUUGCCAGUGACCGGAUGAAAACUCGGUACGAUAAACUGGCCAAUUCCGCAGGGUACGAUGAAGGCGACAGAAUGGUCGUCCAUAUUGAAUAUUCUGUGGUUGAAUCCAUGAGUAAACGAUACUGA